CCUCAAACCGUCUCACUCCUUACUGGAGUCGUCUCGUUACUCGUUUAACCUGCUGGCCUUUUGCUGCUGAGUUCCUCUUUGUUUUGCUCUUUUUCCCUGUAAGUUUGAACCCCGACUCAGCAGAAACCCGGACAGCAGAAACCACGAUAAAAGUCCGACUUCGCUCCACUCGGAUCACAGUUUCUAUUUUCUGAGCCUUUUGGACCCAAAGAACCAGAACCAUGAAGGUCUACCUGCUGCUGCUGCUGCUGCCGCUCUGCUCCGCUCAGCAGUUCCACAUCAGCUGCUAUGGAGAAGACUUCCUGAUGGUGAACAACCUGCUGCUGCAGUGCACUGGGAAGGUCCAACAGGCCUGCUACACUAGAGAUAAUGGAGAGAAAGGCUGCACUCAGCUGGAGAACUGCUCCCGGCCCGGUUGGACCUGCUGCCACACAGACCGCUGCAAUGGAGACAAGAACUAGAACCGGACCGGCGGUCUAAUCAGAACAUUCAUCCGGAUCCUGGUAGAACCUGGGCCCGUUUAUUGUGUCCUGUACAAAUCAAUAAACUUUUGGUUGGACCAAA